AUGCUGACUCCAACCGUCGCGAAUCGGCUGAGCUGGCUCUACGCUGUCGGCAACACGCCCGCGACCAGCCUGACAAGAAGCAUCCCCCAUGGGCAGGACGCCGACAUUCUCACGCUCGGGUGUGGCGACUUGAGGAACGUUUUAUUUACAGCUUAUGUCGAACGUGGACUCGUGCCCCGAAAGCUCGACAUUACCUGCUGUGACUAUGACGAGCGAAUCAUUGGACGCAAUAUCAUUCUGUUGACCCUGAUCCUCGAUGACGACGCCAAGGUCACCGAGGGCUCGCUCUGGGACAUUUACUACCACCUCUACUUGGACGAUUCCACCGCACAGCUCAUUCUUCAACAGACGGAAAAGAUCCUGCCCCUCCUAAAGUCAGUCGAGGCAUGGCGUGACGGCCCGUAUGGUCGCACCCUCAAGUUCUGCGACCGCGAUACCCUUGACGACGUCCGUCGAAUUUGCCGCCUUGUCAUGCGCGGGUCCCAGAACCGCGGCAACAAGGCCUUCAAAGACGCCUUCAUCCGGCACUCGAAGGCCUCGACAGAUUCUCGCGCUCGGCAGCUCGGCAACGGAUCUAACCUGGCUGCCAUGCGCUCUGCGGCCCCCCUUUCAAUGUCGGCCGUGGAUGAGCUUGUCAGGGCAGGCAACCAGUACUGGAACGAGGGCACAGUGACUGCGAGAAAGAUUGCGGAUCCGGUCCCCAACCCCAUGUUCGCGGCCUUGGUCUCUGAGCAUGGGAUACUCCACUACGGCACAGACCCGAUCUUGGGCUACCAUCUCGCGACUGCCUUUGCGCCGCUCUCCCCUCACUCUCCCCUCGAGCUCAAGGAUCCGGUCCCGGCGUUUAGGGCGGGUGCGGCGGCCAUGGCGCAGUUUCGGGAAUGGAUCGCCGCGUUCCGGCUGGCAGUCAAGCGCGGCAUUGUGCUGCGAUUUGCAGUGGCAGAGGCACUCGCCCUCUGCCAUACGCUGCAGCACGUUUCUGCUUCUGGCAGUUCCUCGGCAAACUGGUACAGGCGCCAGUUUGAGCUGAAGCUGCUUGCUCUCGACGAGACUGCCUACGGGAGCGGCCGCGAGGGCCCGGCGGCGUUCGACAUGGUUGAUACCUCCAACCUGUCGGACCACCUGGGGACGCUCAACGUAGUCAUCGCCACGGCUCCGCUGAUGAAGCAAAAGCCCUGGGCCACCGUCUACACGGAGCUGAUGAUCAAGCGGCACGAUUCGCAACAGCGGGCCUUUGACAGCCUUCUCUGCGGACACGCGCCGACCGUCUCGCUUCUGCUGGGCGUCAGCCCCGUGCAGUACUGGACCAACGCAAAGUGCGAGUCCCACGUAGUUGAAGUAUUUCUCGGCCUUAUGACCAAAGAGUCCAGCACAGGCAAGGAAACGCAACUGCACAGCCGCCUGGCCUGGAAGAGAGACGACCAGUUCUCGGGCCAGUUUGGAGGACGCGGCCGGUUGCACAUUGAGGCCCAGACCCUCUGCCGUCUGCUCUUUCAGAUAUAUCUUGACAUGUUCCAGUGGGAAAGCUAUCGAGCCGGCCUCGCUGCCGCUUCGCCAUUCUCGAGAAGCGCCACGUACUCCCACUAUCACAGAGGCAGCUUCGCCACGCUCCUGCAGCUUGUCAAGAGCCGGGUCAAGACCGACUGGUCACAGGUGUGCUCGGGCCUUCUCGACUCCAUCGCACAGGACCGCACGAUUGCGCUGUCCAGCAACCAAGUACAGGAACUUGGCGUUCAAAUGCACCUGCUGGGGGUCAGCACGGAGCCGUGGCUGCUCAACGAGGUCAAGACGCAGCCUGAUGCUGGCCCUCUUAAGGGGUGGAGGGAUAUACCCCCAGCCGUUGCCGUCACAUUCGUGGUGCCCCGAGAGGCGUUUGUUCGACUGUACGACUUGUCCCAAAAGAACAAGCUAGCCUCGCCCACGCUUGUCGGCUCUCUCAGGGCCAGCCCUGCUGCGACAAACCAGUGGCACAAUAUAUACAGCGUCGUGCACAUCACCUUUGGCAAUGUCAAGUCCAAUGCCGGCGAGGACGCCGCUGUUGUGAUGGAACAAGACGAGCUCGGAUGGGAGGGCUCGUCGCCUCUGAUCGCCUCCUUUGUUGUUCCCACAGCCUCGCUCCAGGGCACAAUGCUAUAUGGACCCAUCCUCGGCAUGUCCAUGUCAGUCUUCGAGACUCGACUCGGGGACGAGAAAAGAGUGUUUGUCUCGAGGCUCAUGCCUGGCCAGUCGGCUCAUCGCGUUGCUUGUGGCGGCGUGACGCCAUUUGAAGAUGCCGCUGGCGAAGAGAGCAAGGAUCAGAGGGUCAAGAUCUCAGCCGAGGUGCCUGCGUCGGAAUCGCGCAUUUCCACAGUGACGGGCCACGUCGACAUCUCCUCAGGCAGAGGCAAGAGUCUUCUACGGGACAAGGCCCCGAUCGAACUGCGGCAGCAGGACCCCUUUGUCAUCGAAGUCGUCUUUGGACGCGACGAGCUCGUCUGCCCCUUGAGGUUUCCCGUCCCCGUCACCAAGGCGGACAGCAAAACACGCAUCGCUCGCACAACUGGCUAUGUCGAGGUCAUCGCACCUCUGGCCGACCCAGUCGUCUCAGACAGCCUUGCCGACUUCAUCUAUCCGACGAGGCUGUCUCCCGCCGGUCUGCCCGUGACGUUGAAUACGCCACAUGUCAACUUGGUCAAUCUCCCUGUCUUGAAUAUGGAUGACAAGGCCGCGAUGAGGUGGCUGAACACGCAAACAUCUCUGCAGUUUUCAGCUCGAGAAAUGCAGCUGCGCAAGGUGACUGACGCCAAGAGCGGCAUAUCCGAGAACCCACGCGUCAACUUCAAAGAGUCGAUUUUCACCAUGUUCAUGCUUGUUUCCGGCCUUCAAGGAGGGCAGACUGGCUUGUUCGCCAUAAACCACCCGGAAAGGGGCGGCGUGCACAUGCUCAUCCUCGUGUCGGCCAUGCGGCUGGACGGCGACGCAGCCUCGGUCGUGCUCGACGCAGCAGUAAUCCCGCUCACGAUGGAGCUCAUAACCUCGGAGCGGUUCAAGUCUUUCCUGAUCAUCAUUCAAUCGCUCGAGUGCUGCAUGCUCAACGUCAACGACGCCGAGCUGAUUCUCUGGAAGAGGGCACUCCCGUCUCUGGUGGAGCGAUGUCGAACGUGGGGCCAUGUGCAAAAAUGCGAAUACAGGCGGAAAGGGGCUACAGUGCCGUUGAGCAUCGAGCCGGGCAAGCAGGUCGUCUGUUCCUGCGGCAAUGGCAAACUGCCCAAGGACUUUGUGUCGCUCCCGGAGUGGGAUGCGGCGGCACCGAACGCGGUCCGCGUCGCCAUCAGCCCAACAUAUGCCGUUCCCUUUGUCGAGGACGCGGUUGACUCGUCAUUUGCAGACAUGAUGGACGGGGCCGCGCCUCAGACGACCAUCAGUGAGAGGUGUCAUGGUUGCGGCAGGGGGGAGGGAGGGGCCCAGGCUGUCACGUUGAAGAAGUGCACGAGGUGCAUGCGGGCCAAGUAUUGCUCGGAAGAGUGUCAGAAGAAGGACUGGAAGAAGCAUCGCACAGAGUGUAAAAGAGGGAACUAA